UCCAAAAAAUAAAAAUAAAAACACUCUCUUCAUUUUCCUCUUAGUUCCCAAUUUUUUUUAAAAGAAAAUGAGAGAUUUUGCUUCUUGUUUUAGUGAAAAUGCAAUACAAACUACUUCUUGUUCUAAUUAUUCAAACACUUCUUGUUUUCCUCAAAAUUCUUCAACUACCCCUUCAACACAAAACAAUGUUACAUGUUUGUACAAUGUUAUUUUAUCCAAUAAAAAACACUUGUUGAUCAUAGUUUCAUGGUCCAAAACAAAUGUGUCACAAACUUUGUACAUACAAUUUGGUGAUAAUCCUUCAAAUUCCUUCAAAAUUAGCGCGAUUUCGAAGAAAAAAAAGGGGAAGAAAUCAAUUGAAUUUGAUUAUGAUUAUGAUGAUCAUAAAAAAGUUGAAGUUUUUUGGGAUUUAUGUGAUGCUAGGUACAACAACAUGUUUGGUCCAGAACCAAUUGAUAAGUACUAUGUUGUUGUUACAUUUGAUUCUGAAAUUGUACUAAGUCUUGGUGACAUUGAAGAAAAAAAAUUCAAGAAUUAUUGCAAUUCAAUGGCAAAAUUUAGUUUAGUGUCAAGACAAGAACAUUUUUCAGGCAACACAAUUUAUUCAACAAAGGCACAAUUUUGUGAGAAUGGGUCAAAACAUGAUAUUUUGAUAAGUUGUAGGGGUGAAAAUGAAGGGAAAAAUAUUCAUCAACAACAUAAUUAUCCUGUUUUAUCAAUUUGUAUUGAUAAGAAGAUGGUGAUUAAAGUAAAGAGGUUACAAUGGAAUUUUAGGGGAAAUCAAAGUAUUUUCUUGGAUGGUUUGUUUGUGGAUCUUAUGUGGGAUGUUCAUGAUUGGUUCUUUAAUUCAACAAACUCUGGUUGUGCUGUUUUUAUGUUUAGGACAAGAAGUGGAUUGGAGAGUAGUAGAUUGUGGUUAGAAGAUAAAGACAAGUUGAUGCACAAGAAUCAAGAUAAAGUUGAGUUCUCAUUCAUGAUCUAUGCAUGUAAAACCACAUGAUUUCUUCUGGGUUUUUUUCAUCUGGUGUUCGAUACUCAUUUUUGCGUUUUUGGUAUAUGAUUCUAUUCUCUGGAUUUGAACAUGAGAAAGAACAUGAGAUUUCUGAUUAUGGACAGAAGAAUUCUAUUUAUCGCACUACAAUUCUAAAUAGUGUAAGAGCACAUAAUUGAAAGGUGUUUAAUUUCUUCUCUUUUAUUAUAUUUAAUUAUUAGAUAGUUUCUGU